UUCAGGUCCAAAAAGAAAAAAAAAAAGUUUGGGGCCACCAGAUGAAGGAUGCCACGGUUGGAUUUGAACCGGUUCCAAUUUUUUCAAGGCCAGCGUUGCCCACGCGUGUUUCUGUGGGCUCAUAGCAGCAUCCGGGCCUACUCACUGGACUAUGCUGGCAACGGGUGAAAGCCUAUGGGGGGGGGGGGUUUCCCACCGAGUGGAACAAUCCAAAAUCUCUAGGGAGUCUACAGAUUUACCCAGAAAACAACAGAAUCUCAGGAGGGCGCCAGAAGCUCCGUGGAUAGAGAAUAGAAACAAGUGUCCAAGAUUCAAGGCCUAGAUUCAGACUCCCGAUUUCAAAACGGCAGCCACGGCAGGGUAACCUCCCUUUUGAGGACAGAUCCUGCUCUCAAAACCAUGUGAAGCCACCCAGUGUGUGCAGCACUCCAGCCACUUUACCACUAAUACAGUCAACAAACACUGCGCUGACCUCGGAUGCAGAAUAGCGGUAGUUGACAUAUAAUGAGAAAUUAACAUUGGGAAACUGCACUAAGCUCCUGGAAUGUUUUACCUUACUUAAUCAGAACAAUAACCCAAAGCGAGUAUUACUGUCUCCUUUUAAAGAUGAAGAAACUGAUGAAACAAAUAUCCAAGACCACAGACUGACGGAGGCCAGAUUCAAAGCAAGAGCACUCGGACACCAAAAUGUAGUCAAGAACUCCAUCAUCCUAUCUUUCACAUACCUGCUCUGUGCAGCAACUAAGGGCUACAAGGGCAAAGGCAACCCUGGACCCUGGGCAAGUGCAACCCGGACCCGGCCCUCAGGAGGCUCACAGUCUAAGGCAACCAGACACAUAAAGCUAUAAACUAAAUGGGAAAUGAUAAGUGACACGAAUGUCCUUUGCUAACAGGAGCUGCAAGUUCAGAGGCGGGAAAGAGGACUUCCGGCCCGGCGAACAGGGACUGCUUCCUUGGAGGAGGUAGUGUUUGAGUAGAGCCUUGAAGAAAAGCUUUCCACUCUUGGAGACAAGGGCGGGAAAGACGUUCCAUGUGGAAGAAUCUCUUGAGCAAAGACAAGAAGUAGGAAAUUGACACGUCGCUCAGAGAUAGAUGAAACAUUGGUCGUUGAUGCAGCGCCGGGUAUUUACCAGCCAGGAAGUCUUCCUGUCCUCGCAGCACCUGAAAAAACCGCACUGUUGUGGCAUCCUUCCCGUAGACAGCGGGCCUUCCAGAACUGGCCCAGGUCGGGAAGGUGCAGUCGGGCGGAGUGAGAAUCGGUGGUUCGGACACUCGAGUCGGUGGUGCAACCUCUCCUGCAGCCACUUGGACUUAAGGCCCUAUACUAGUCCUUGUCUAUUUCUGGUUAGCGCUGCCAGAAUCCACUUGGUGAAUGCGGGGGCGUGGCCCGAGUGAGCCACAGCCAAUGAGGAGGGAGGCCGGAGUGCCGGCCCCGCCUCCGACGUGACGCAAGGCCCUCGGACAGAGGCUUCUCAGCCCCGGCCCCAGUCCCUGCAGUGGCUGUAACAAAACCCAGACCCCCAGAUCCCGGCCAAUGGAGGCGAUUUAGACUGGAGCCGGACCGCGUCUGUCAAAAACCCGACUGGGCAGCAACCGCAGAGUCCAGAAGGAGAGCUGGAGUGGCCGCGCUGCCUCCCCGCCCCCGCCGGGAUUUAUUGAGUAUUUGGACUGGACAAUUAAGUGGCCCUGAUGAUGUUACCAAGCCCGGUCACCUCCACCCCUUUCUCAGUCAAAGACAUUUUGAAUCUGGAGCAGCAGCACUUACACGGGGCGCACUUGCAGACAGACUUGGAGCACCACUUCCACUCCGUGCCCUGUAUGCUGGCCGCAGCUGAGGGAACGCAAUUUUCUGACGGAGGGGAGGAGGACGAGGAAGAAGAAAGGGAGAAACUGUCUUAUUUGAACUCACUAGCCACAGCCGACGGCCAGGGGGAUUCGGGUCUCUGUCACCAGGGCUAUGUCCACUCGGUCCUUCGAGACUCGUGCAGCGGGCCCAAGGAACAUGAAGAGGAGGUCGUGAGAGAUCGGAACCAAAAAAACUGUCAGCUAAAGAAGCCUCUAGAGACGACCGGAGACUGUAAGGCGGCGGAGGAGAGCGAGAGGCCAAAGCCACGCAGCCGCCGGAAGCCCCGAGUCCUCUUCUCACAAGCCCAAGUCUUUGAGCUAGAACGCAGGUUCAAGCAGCAGAGGUACCUGUCGGCGCCCGAGCGCGAGCACCUCGCCAGCAGCCUGAAGCUUACGUCCACGCAGGUGAAAAUCUGGUUCCAGAAUCGCAGGUACAAGUGCAAGAGACAGCGGCAGGACAAGUCUCUGGAGCUGGGAGCACAUGCACCGCCGCAGCCGCCGCGCCGUGUGGCGGUACCGGUGCUGGUGCGGGAUGGCAAACCGUGCGUCACGCCCAGCGCUCCGGCCUACGGUGCACCGUACAGUGUGGGCGCUGGCGCUUACUCGUACAACAGCUUCCCUGCGUACGGCUAUGGGAACUCCGCCGCCGCGGCCGCCGCCGCCGCCGCCGCAGCGGCCGCCGCUGCCGCGGCCUACAGCGGUAGCUACGGCUGUGCCUACCCCGCAGGCGGCAGUGGCGGUGGGGGGGCUUCUGCUGCGGCCACCACCAUGCAACCCGCCUGUAGCGCGACCGGAGGCGGCCCCUUCAUGAACGUGAGCAACCUGGGAGGCUUCGGCGGCGGUGGCGGCUCACAGCCAUUGCACCAGGGUGCUACAGCCGGGACCGCGUGUGCACAGGGUACCUUACAGGGCAUACGGGCCUGGUAAGGACCAGUCGGAUCACGCGGCGGGCGCCUACCGCAGCCUGGAGCCGCGGGAACGAAGCAGGAGAAAGGCCAGACCCAAGGGCCAGGUCCCCUCGUUAAAAUAUAUAUGUAUACAUAUGUCUCGCUCUCCAGGGCUCAGAAUCGCAGCCCACUCGAGGCCUGGGGAUGGCGACUCAGGGGCAAGGAGGAUGCCCGAGUCCGGUUGCCAAAACCGUUUUUGGCAAAAAAACUCCCUGCCUGGGCGCCAGGGAGGACUCUAACCCCUACCCUGGCCCCGAGGGGAAUGCAGGAGGCUGGGACUCUGGCUGCCAUUUGUUCUCCCCAAAACAAGAAGGGUUUCUCUCCCUCCAUCUUCCUGUGGCCUCCGCAAAGCGUUGGCGGGGAACCCGAACCUAAAAGAAAAAGAAAACAGAAAGGCAUGAAAGAGAAAAAUGGGGAUCGUGGCUUGAGAAAUAUCAGGGCUUUACCGACCGUCUGCCCCCUUUGUGGGGCUCAGAGCUCCACACUACAGUGGAUUUUCGUUUUCCAACUGCCUCCCCUCCACAGCGGAGACUUUGGCCCAGAUCUCCAGAGAUUGUCAGGGGACUCAGGACUCCGCGAAGAAAACCAGCCAAGUGAGAUCAAAAGUUGGGGGAGGGGGCGCUGAGCUAAUCCAGGACCUGGUGGCCCAUUGGAGAUGUUACCAGGUUUCCUUUCUGUUUCGUAUUCUGUAUUCAGCACAUAUGAUUUCUAUAUAUAACUAUAUCCACACGCCGUGUACACACCCGCUGCCAUACACUACAGGAGUCAAUAAACAAGGUGCAAUACUUACAAACUA